CUGUGUCCUUCCCCUCCCAGGUGGGCUGGCAGCCCAGCCUGCCGAAACUGAAAAAGAAGUGGCUCUUCCCAGCUUCCUGCAGCUUCUUCUUCCUGCUCUCUGUGGUUAUGACUGGCUGCUUCCUGUGGCAAUAUCACCUCCCCAAGCUGGACACCAGUUCCUUGGGACCAGAGGUGGCCUCUGCCCCUGUGAGGAUGUGUCCCCGACACCCUGAGCCUGUGCCGCUGGCCCACCCCCUCCCUGUGUUGAAGGAGGCCCUGGAAAAGGUGGACAGGAUCCUGCGUCAGGCACUGUCUGCCCCGGGCCUGGCUGCCAUGUCUGCAGUUGUCAUCCACAAUGACACCGUGCUCUGGACCGGGAACUUUGGGAGGAAGAAUGGAUCAGACCCGGCCUCUGGGCCCCCCAAUGAAUACACUAUGUACCGAAUCUCCAGCAUCUCUAAGAUCUUUCCAGUCCUCAUGCUGUAUCGGCUGUGGGAGGAGGGCACUGUAGCCUCUCUAGAUGACCCUCUGGAGCGGUAUGCCAGCACCUUCACCAUUAACAACCCGCUGGGCAUGGCAUCAGCCCCUGAACAACAGAGCUUGAUGGAUGAGCUGGAGAAGGUGGGCCCAGCCCCAAGGCCUUCGUCCGUCACCCUCCGAAGGAUGGCCAGCCAGCUCUCAGGGCUGCCCAGAAGGCUCCGUUCUACUUCCCUGCUGUGGAGGGGCAGCACCCAGGAGGCCCUGAGCCUGCUCAAGGAUGAUGUGCUGGUGGCAGACCCGGGAACCAGGUGCCAUUACAGCACUCUGGCUUUCUCGCUUCUGGCCCAUGUCCUCGCAGCGCACACUGCUCAGGGCGACUACCAGCGCUGGAUCCUGGAGAACGUGCUGGAACCGCUGGGCAUGGAGGACACGGGCUUCGACCUCACGCCCCUAGUGCGCGCCCGCCUGGCGGCUGGCUUCUACGGCAGCGGCCGGCCGGCGCCGCUCUACGACCUGGGCUGGUACCGGCCGUCCGGCCAGAUGUACUCCACCCCGGCAGACCUGGCCAAGCUGGCCAUGGUGCUCCUGGGCGGCGGGCCCCCGCUCCUGCGGCCCGACGCGGCCAAGGCCCUGCUGGCGCCGCUGCUGGCCUGCUCGGGCGCCUACUUCGCCAACGAGACGGGCACCCCGUGGGAGUUCCACGCGCAGGGGGGCUACCGCGUGGUGCGCAAGGACGGCGACCUGGACGGCUACGCCGCCACCUUCUCCCUGGUGCCGCCGCUGCGCCUGAGCCUCGUGCUGCUGCUGGCGGGGCCGCGGCCACCCGGGCGCGACCUGGUGGCGCAGGCCUACGACGUGCUCCUGCCCGCCAUGGAGAGGGCCCUACGCGAGGCCGAGCCCAGCCCCGCCCCGCCGCCCAGCGCGCGCCCCUUCGCCGGCUACUUCACCUUCUCCAACCAGACCUUCUACGAGGUGCGCCCCGGGCCGGAGGGCGAGCUGCGCCUGCGCCAGUUCGGGCCCCGCGUCGAGGCGCUGGUGCCCCCCGCGUUCCGCACGCUGGCGCUGCGUCACCUGCGCGGCCGCGUCUUCCAGCUGCACGUGGCCCGCGAGUUCCCCUGCGAGCUGCCGCUUGGCGACGCCUGGCUCUCCCUCGAGGCGCAGCACGGGCAGCUCGUCAACUUCUACCCCUUGGACCGCCACGGACUGUCCCCUGGCUUCGACGUGCCGGGCCUGAACACCUACCGGGUGCUGCGGCUGCAGCGCAAGCCCGUAUUCAAGACCCAGUGA